AUGGGCGAUCGGGGCAUCGGCUGGAUCACCGUCAGCCACAGACGUUUGGUCUCCCACGGCCAAGCUCAAUCAUGGGACGAACAAGAGCUGCUGGAGCGAGAGGCCAUCGCCGCAUGGGACACUGACGAGCAGUGGCCAAGCGUACACAAGCCGACAUUCAACGGCGCCGAUGCGAAGCGGUUCGACUCUCGACUAACACCCCUCGACUACCUGGGCGGCGGCGCCUUUGGCCAUGUCGACAAGGUCGUCCAUGGCUCCGUCUGCCUCGCCCGCAAGCGCAUCGUGCGGCGGCGCGGCCUGACGAUCGAGGACCUGCGCCAGGAAGGGCUGACCAUGAGCAAGCUGGACCAUCGCCAUGUGGUGAAGCUUGUCGCGGCGUACAUGCCGCGGCCCCACGAGCUGUGUCUUCUCAUCUGGCCCGCCGCCGUCUGCGAUCUCGACACUUUGCUUGACAAUCUGGAUGCGAUACGGACGGGGAAGGGCGAUCGGGAGGACAUCAUGGCAAGGCUCGACGCGCUGGGGCUCAACGAUUUGAGCGCAAUUGAGCCUUCCACUGAAGACCAAAUCAUGGACUCGCCAGCAAAGUGCCCGUUUGAGUUCCUCCGCGGCGUUGUUGGCUGCGUGGCUCGCGCAAUGGCGUAUUGCCACCUCAACAGCGUUCGGCAUCUGGACAUCAAGCCAUCUAAUAUCCUGCUAAAGGCCAAUCGCGUGUAUCUGGCUGACUUUGGCAUAUCCAAGGACGUCAGUGGACAGGAUCAGACCACCAUUGAUGGUAACCCCGGUACAGAAAAGUGGCGAGCGCCGGAGCUCUACAGUGAGGAUGGCGCCAGCAUGCAGCUCUCCGACAUAUACUCCCUGGGAUUGGUCUAUCUCAACAUUGCAACGGUGUUAUACAAUGUGAGGCUCUCCGAGUUUGACGAUGCCCUCAACUACGACGUCGACCUCUCCCGCGGCGAGAAGCUCGCAAUCCGAGAAGCGAAGCUCAAGCGCCUCCUCGAUACACUCACUUCUCACGCCUUGGUGACGCCUCAGUUCAUGUUCACAUAUGAAGGCCAGGAAACAGUAAAACCUCGGCCGCUUGUGAGCCUCAUUGCAAAAAUGAUAGCACCCUCGCCCCGUGCCCGACUACCGGCCGAUAAGGUCGACGAAAAGCUAUCCAUGAUAGGAGGCAUUCAGCAGAUAUACCACGGCGACUGUUGUAAACGUCCGUUACCAUGGGUUGAAGGCAGGUGGGAUAAGAAGUUUGUCGCUCUGCUGAGUCUCAAGGCGGAGAAUGACGACUUGAAAAAGAAGAUUGCAGAAUUGCACGGCAGAGACGAGACCUAUGAGAAGCGGCUAGAGAAUGCACGGAAAGCGCACGAGCAUGAUGUUACCAAGCUUCAGGCUUUGCUAAAAAGUGCCGAGGAAAAGUGUCGCAUGCUGGAGCAAGCUCAGGGAGGGCGCAGAAAACACCACGACCGUGAGCAUCACCAACAGCAUCAGCAUCAGCAUCGCCAGAGCGGCCUUGGGGUAAGGCAGCAGCGCACUUCUCGUUCGCCAACUCCGAACGGUGUAGGCCGUGGCCAGACCAAAGCUCGCUCGUCGCCAUCGGCUAUCCCACAGCGACCACCAAUCAGGCCUUUGCAUCAGCCAUCGUCACCCCGAAACUCAUCGGUCAACUUCCAAAUACCCACACCCCCAUCCCGGUCAUCAGAGUCACUAUCGCGGUUUAGCAACAGUUCGACGGUCAAGGCUGCUCAGCAGGUAUCUCCUGGCUUAGCAAACCGAACAUCAAGCACCACGAGUUUAUCAGGAUACACGCUACGAUCUCGCGGUUCGGGAUCCAAACUGCCUCUUCCCGUAACUCCCAGCAGCAGAUCCGGCACCCCCAACCUCCACCAGGAACAAAGCAUGACGGAUAGCAGCAUGGCCUCGUCCAUCUUCUCUAGGAAGAGCAUAGAGACUGUGCCAACACCGGCUCACAACAGCCCAAUCGUGAGUAGGGUAUCGACAGCCGGCGAUGGACCAGAUCUCGACUGGGGCGCCCUCCCCACCAGAAGGGAUCGAGAUCGAACAAGGCCCUCUACGCCUCCACCGCCUCCGAGCCCAGGCUUAUCGCUAUCUCCCUCGGUCAUCUCAUCACCCAUGACGCAAAGAUCUUUUGCUGAAUAUGACGAUGAUGACGACGACGACGGCGGCGGGGGCGAUCCGAAUGCGACUACGAAGCCGCAGAGAAAGAUCCCCUCGCUGCAGCCGAUGAAGAGCUGGGCCGAGGUGGCGAAAAAGGAACUGAAGCAGCUCAACCGAAGAAUGCAGUGA